CCCGGCCUGGCGGCGGCGGUGGCGGUAGCUGCCGUGGCGGCCUCUGCGCAUGCUCCGUCGCCCGCCCGCCCUGGCUGCUCGCCGCCCGCCCGCCCGACGGAGACGCAGCCCCAGCUAUCUGACUUCAUGUGAAAAAUGGCUAAUGCAGAAGUGAGUGUCCCAGUGGGGGAUGUGGUUGUAGUACCCACUGAAGGAAAUGAAGGGGAGAACCCUGAAGACACUAAAACUCAAGUGAUCUUGCAGUUACAGCCUGUGCAACAAGGUUUGUUUAUCGAUGGACACUUUUACAACAGGAUAUAUGAAGCCGGGUCGGAGAACAACACAGCAGUUGUAGCAGUAGAAACGCACACGAUACACAAAAUUGAAGAAGGGAUUGAUGCAGGCACUAUAGAAGCAAAUGAGGAUAUGGAAAUUGCUUACCCCAUAACUUGUGGGGAGAGCAAAGCCAUCCUCCUCUGGAAGAAGUUUGUGUGUCCGGGAAUAAACGUGAAGUGUGUCAAGUUCAAUGAUCAGUUGAUCAGUCCCAAGCAUUUUGUUCAUCUGGCUGGCAAGUCCACUCUGAAGGACUGGAAGAGAGCUAUUCGUCUGGGUGGGAUCAUGCUCAGGAAAAUGAUGGACUCCGGACAGAUUGAUUUUUACCAACAUGACAAAGUUUGCUCCAAUACCUGCAGAAGCACCAAAUUUGAUCUUCUGAUCAGCAGUGCAAGAGCUCCAGUGCCAGGACAGCAGACAAGUGUGGUGCAGACACCCACUUCGGCUGAUGGUAGCAUCACACAGAUUGCCAUCUCAGAAGAGAGCAUGGAAGAGGCAGGGCUGGAAUGGAACUCAGCUCUCACUGCUGCUGUCACCAUGGCCACGGAGGAGGGUGUAAAGAAAGACUCAGAGGAAAUUUCAGAGGACACUUUGAUGUUCUGGAAAGGAAUAGCUGAUGUAGGGCUGAUGGAAGAGGUUGUCUGCAAUAUACAGAAGGAAAUAGAGGAGCUACUCAGGGGAGUUCAGCAGCGGCUCAUCCAGGCUCCUUUUCAGAUCACAGAUGCUGCUGUUCUCAACAAUGUAGCACACACAUUUGGUCUAAUGGACACAGUCAAGAAGGUUUUAGACAACAGAAAGAACCAAGUAGAGCAGGGAGAAGAACAGUUUCUCUAUACUCUGACAGACUUGGAACGCCAGUUGGAGGAGCAGAAGAAGCAAGCCCAGGAUCACAGGCUGAAAUCUCAGACAGUUCAAAAUGUGGUACUGAUGCCUGUGAGCACUCCUAAGCCUCCAAAAAGGCCCCGGCUCCAGCGGCCAGCCUCCACCACUGUCUUGAGCCCUUCUCCUCCUGUCCAGCAGCCUCAAUUCACAGUCAUCUCACCCAUCACUAUCACCCCAGUGGGUCAGUCAUUUUCCAUGGGCAAUAUUCCAGUGGCCACCCUCAGCCAGGGCUCCAGUCCUGUGACUGUCCACACAUUGCCUUCUGGCCCUCAGCUCUUCCGCUAUGCCACAGUGGUCUCCUCUGCCAAGAGCAGCUCACCAGACACAGUGACCAUCCACCCUUCAUCUAGCUUGGCGCUGCUGAGCUCUACUGCCAUGCAGGAUGGGAGUACACUGGGCAACAUGACCACCAUGGUGAGCCCUGUGGAAUUGGUGGCCAUGGAGUCUGGCCUAACCUCGGCAAUUCAGGCUGUUGAAAGCACCUCAGAGGAUGGGCAGACCAUCAUUGAGAUUGACCCAGCCCCAGACCCAGAGGCUGAAGAUACUGAGGGCAAAGCAGUCAUCUUGGAGACAGAGCUGAGGACUGAAGAGAAAGUUGUGGCUGAGAUGGAAGAACACCAGCAUCAAGUUCACAAUGUGGAGAUUGUGGUCUUAGAGGAUUAACUGGGGAUCUCAGGGUCAGGAGUUAUGUUUCGAUUUGGAAUUUUAAUUAUUUGUUUAUUUUUAUCAUUGUCCCACUCAUUUCCACAUAGGACCCUUUUUUAAAAAAAAAAAAACAAAAUCUUAUUGUUAUAACUGAAAAUGUUGGGUUCCUCCCACUCCCUCAUUGAAAACUGGACAAAACAAGCUGCCCUUUCAGAAGUUGAGAGUAGGUAAUUCAAUGUCCUAAUCAUCUUACACCAAGAAAGUAAUUUCUUUUAGGGAAAGUGUCAAGAUAUCAAGUAACCCUGUCCAGAAAGCCAUUUCCAGGCUCAUCUGUCUGUGUAGGCAUGUGGUUUUAUUCUUGUAAAGAUACAUUGACCAAACUCUGGAACACAGAUCUGACACUGGAAGGCAACCCAUUCGCAUGUGGAUGCAGAAGGGCACUUUAUUUUGUAUCCUGAAAAGGGCCUACAGUGGCCAGUACAAAACUCUGAAACAAAAGGAAGUUGACUCUACUUUGAGGGGAAGGUGGCAUGCCAGCACUAGCUUAAAAAGGGAAGUAUUGGCUGGGCGUGGUAGCUCACAUCUAUAAUCCCAGCACUUUGGGAGGCCAAGGAGGGUGGAUCACAAGGUCAGGAGUUUGAGACCAGCCCGGCCAACAUGGUGAAACCCCGUCUCUGCUAAAAACACAAAAAUAAUUAGCCGGGUGUGGUGGCGGGCACCUGUAAUCCCAGCUACGCGGGAGGCUGAGACAGGAGAAUUGCUUGAACCUGGGAAGGCAGAGGUUGCAGUGAGCUGAGAUCACACCACUGCACUCCACCCUGGGCGACAAGAGUGAAACUCCGUCUCAAAAAAUAAAUAAAUGAAAGGGAAGUGCUUCAGCAAAUAUGGGGCAGGGAAAUCAUCUUACUUCCAGAGGUACAACUGAUGCCUCUGGAGAUCUCCAAGAGUUAGUACCAUGAGUGCCAUUUUGAGAAGAGGCUGGUAAUAAGUGGGAGGUGCAUCUUCAAAGAGCAAGUGGCAGCAGUGGCCUGUGGCUUUGCAGAAAUGGAAAGCCAAGGCUGGUUGUGGUGGCUCAUGCCUGUAAUCCCAACACUUUGGGAGUCCAAGGCAGGCAAAUCACCUGAGGUCAGGAGUUGGAGACCAACCUGGUCAACAUGGUGAAACCCUGUUUCUACUGAAAAUUAGAAGAAAAAAAAAUUAGCUGGGCAUGGCAGGGGGCACCUGUAAUCCCAGCUACUUGGGAGGCUGAGGCAGGAGAAUUGCUUGAACCCGGGAGGUGGAGGUUGCAGUGAGCCAAGAUUGCACCAUUGCACUCCAGCCUGGGCAACAAAAGCAAGACUCUGACUCAAAAAAAAAGAAAGCCAUGGAUGCUGUAGUUGUGCUUUGGGGUUCAAGGUAAUAGCUUACCUUGUUCUACACUUUGUCAAAGCACUUACCCUCCUAAACUAGGAUCAGUUCAUUCAUCUGAAACUGCAAUGUGAUAUAAAUUGCUCUGGUUCUUGGACUGUGGCUGUCAUAGGGAUGGGGUUCCAAGGCCAUCAUUUUCAUUGCAUGACUCUAGGAACAGGGAGUUCCUCAAUCACUCCAGCUGCCAUUUUUGGUGGGGCCAUUUUUUGGCUUUGGAACCAAAAGCAGCCACUCAUUUGAUGCUUCCUCUUGUUCCGCCCUCCAUCCCUCAACUCUUAAUGGCACCUGUCUCCUGGAACCUACGCUCUUCAGCUUUUUGGCUGAUUUGGAGAGCCGUGACAGGUGCCUGCUUGCCUUCAUCCCCUUUUAGAUUCAUUUAUACCACAGAUGUUUCUGUGAGAUAUUGAGAUCAUAAAAAGCUUUAGGCUUGGCAGAGAGGACUCAACACCCCCAGGCUUUCCUGAGGCACCAACUACAUGUCUCCUGAGUGAGCUGGAUGCCCUGGGAAAGAAGCUUUGUCUGCAACAUUAUAUUAUAGGAAAUGUAGCAGGAAUGUCAAUAGUAAUGUUGGGGGGAGGUAUUUUUUGUUUUGUUUUGUUUUUAAUGUUGUUUGUAUAUUUAGAGCUGGGCCAUUUUCUGUGCUGUGAUUCCUUCUCUUUGACCCUCUUCAGUAUUUGGGGCAAGAGUGGACCCUGGUUUUUAUUUUUUUGAUUGCAUUGUUUACUGCACUAGGAAAAAUAUAGGAAUAUAGGGAAACUACAGACAAAUUUAAGGAGAAAUAGGUCAAAAAAGAAAGCACACACCUCAGGAGUGGGAGGAAUUUUUUUUUAAAAAACAAAACUUUGACCUGUA